GAUCACGCAUUUUUCUCAGCUCGUCUCUGGUUGCUGGUGCCUGCGUUUGGUUCUGUCUGUGCUGGCAAUGGGACGGCUUUUAACCGUCUCUCCCAGACAGAUCCCCCGGUUCGGGGGUCUGUGCUCUUGGUGUCUGGUUUUGGUGGGAGUUCAGCUGCUAGUACCCUGCUCGGUGUCGGCCGUUGAAAAGCUAUGCUACGAGGAGGAAAAAGUGCCCAAGCUGGUGGAAAACAAAACCAAAAUCAUCAACUACGGUGAAGGAACGUACUACUGUAUGUUCAGUGAGCAUCAGAUGCGAAUUCCGAUCAUGGUCGAUGCGUUGAGUUGUUCUCUAGAUUACGAUGUACGCCGAAAGCGAACAUGCUGCGAAGGCUACCAUACGGUGGGGGAUGAGUGUUUGCCAUCCUGUCGAUUGAAGUGCAUCUUUGGGGAGUGUGUCGCACCGGACACGUGUGAUUGCUACAGUGGCUAUCAGAAAGUGAAUGAUCAUCGCUGUGAACCUAUCUGCGAGGUUGCGUGCGAAAAUGGUCAAUGUGUAGCGCCGAACGUGUGCCUAUGCGACGAAGGCUACGAGCGAGAUGGAACGAGUGGAUCCUGUCGCCGGAAGUGUGAUCGUGCGUGUCGUUUCGGUCGAUGCGUAGACGAUGUUUGCCAGUGUGAUGAAGGCUAUCGACCGGAUGCGACCGAUGGCAACGUUUGCGUUCCCCAGUGUACGGAGGAGUGCCAGAACGGAAAAUGUGUACUGCCGAAUGUGUGCCAGUGUGAUCCAGGAUACACUCUCUCAACGCAAUCAAAUUUCACCUGCGAACCCGUCUGCUCCGAAGGAUGCGCCAAUGGGAACUGCAUCGGACCGGACCAGUGUGCCUGUCAGGAAGGGUACGAGCUGGACGACAGCAAUCAGUGCGUCCCGGUUUGUCUAAAGCCCUGCCAGGGCGGUCAGUGUAUAGCGCCGGGUAGGUGUAGCUGCGGCGAAGGAUACAGCCCCGCGGAGGACGACAACUCCCUCUGCCUGCCAAGCUGCUCCGAGCCCUGCGUCCAUGGAGACUGCGUGGCGCCGAACGUUUGUGUGUGCCAUGCCAACUAUCGCCCACGUGACGACCGUACGCCACACGUUUGCGUACCGGAUUGUCCGAAGGGUUGUGCGCAUGGGGAGUGCUCCGGUCCGGGUGUUUGUAUGUGUGGGGAAGGGUUCGUGUACAAUGAGACGCUCGGUGGGUGUGAACCGUUCUGUACCGAGCCGUGCAGAAACGGUGUCUGCAUCGGGGGUAACCAAUGCCAGUGUCACGAGGGCUAUCAGCUCGACCCGAAGACGGGCAGCAAGUGUGUGCCGCACUGUUCGAAGCCUUGCGUGCAUGGUAUUUGCGUUGCGCCGGAUGUUUGCGAUUGUAAAAAAGGAUACGUGAAGAGUGAGAAUAGUAAGAAUGUGUGCGAGCCUAAAUGCUCCAAAGGAUGCUCCAAUGGGCGGUGUGUUGCUCCGGAUCACUGCGAAUGCCAUAAAGGCUAUAUUGCGACUAGCAGCUCUGCAAACUCCAAAUCAUCCAUCUGCACCCCCUACUGCAAGAACAAGUGCGUAAACGCGUACUGCAUCCGGCCGAACGUCUGCCAGUGUCUUGCCGGGCAUCGGUUCGCCGACAACAGCACGAACGUGUGCGAACCGAUCUGUGAGGACGCGCUGGUGGACUGCUCGAACGGGCGCUGCACCCAGCCGAACGUGUGCGAGUGUAACGAGGGCUACACGCUGGCCAUCCGCAACGGGCGAAUGCUGUGCGAACCGAUCGCCUGCCGGGAGCAUUGCGUCAACGGGUACUGCGUAGAGGAGGGCCGAUGUGUGUGCCAUCCGGGCUACCAGCCGUCCCAGCAUUUCCACUCGAUCUGUGAACCAAUGUGUGAGGGUAGGUGCGAGAACGGUGUGUGCAUUGCACCGAACACGUGCGUCUGCAAUCCGGGGUACGCGCGUCUUCCCGGCGGUGAUCGUUGCGAGGCAAGCUGUGACCCGAAUGUUAUUGACUGUUACAACGGUGUGUGUCGUGGAGCGAAUCAGUGCCAGUGUCUGGAGGGCUACUAUUUGCGAGCCUCGCCGAACGGAGGACCGUAUGAGUGUGCCCCAGUGUGUGACGGUGGCUGUGGUAAUGGGCGAUGUCUUGCGCCGAACGAGUGUCUGUGCAACGAUGGGUAUGAGUACAAUGGCGAGAUGGACCGGUGUGAUCCGGUCUGCGUGCCGAGCUGUGUCAAUGGACAGUGUGUGGCGCCUAACGUGUGCCAGUGUCUGGAAGGGUACGUCCCGGUGGAAGAUCCAGACUCGCUGGAAGAGUCACCGUUCGAGUGUGCGCCUUACUGUGACGCGAAUGUAGUGAACUGUACGUUCGGUAUCUGCGGUGGGCCGAAUGUUUGCCGUUGCUUUGACGAUUUCUACUCCACUACCGACCAGCUCGGAAGGCAGACGUGUGAACUCCUUCCCGAGCCGGUUGAUUGCGUGAAGGAGCCGGUGAUAAUCUACGAGGUGGAAAACACCUCCCACGGUUGCGUGUGCAACGACGAGAUGAAGGAGCGGAGCGAUUGUCCCAAGCUCAGCUGUCCGGAAGUGGUGCUGCCGCCACCGCCGGUGUGUAACGUCACGUGUCCACCGCCUCCUCCUCCACCGACACCCUGUCCGAAGGUGGUUUGCCCGACGGUACCGCCAACGAAACCGACGACACGUGCACCCCCGAUCGUACCGGUCACCUGUCCCCCGGUACAGAUGUGUCCGGAUGUGAUCUGCCCAACCGUUCCACCACCGGAAAGUCCCACCACGCCAACGCCGGAACCGCUCUGUGACGAGCUGUACGUGAACUGUGCGCAUGGGGAUUGUAUCGAGCAGAAUGUGUGCUCUUGCCAUCCGGGCUACCAGCUCGCCGUUGGGCCCGAAUCGAUCGUGCACUGUCAGCCGGUGUGCAGUGGCGAUUGUACGAACGGUAUCUGCACCGAACCGGACGUGUGCGUCUGUCUGCCCGGGUAUGUGGAAACGCUCGAGGGCCAGUGUGAACCGUACUGUGAGGAAGCGUGCGGCGAAGGAGCGUACUGUGCGCAGCCGAACGUUUGCGCAUGUCCCAAAGGACUCAGCAUCGAUGCGAAUGGAGACUGCAGGCAUGAGGUGGGUGCGGAUCUGUUCAUCCGAAGCCGCUUCGCUGACGUGGAGGACGAUGAGGAUGAUGAUGAUGAAGAAGAGGAGGAAGAAAAAGAGGACGAACCGUUAAACUGUCCGGACGGAUUCCGAGCGGUCCCAGCCACUGGUGAGUGUAUCUGCGAUUCGGGUGCGAUCGCCGAGGAUGGAACCUGCAUCGAUUUGGCACCGGUCGAGCGGGUCAAACUGUUCGAACCACCGAUGCAGCAGCUGGUAGUGGCGGACGGAAGUGAAUCCCAGGGAGUGUCGAACGACGAAAACACGACCGCACAGGCCGAACCGAUUCAACUCGCAGGAUCGAGCCUGUUGGCAGGGAUCGAUCGCGACGAUUGGAUCAUCAUUGCGGCGGUAGUCGCCGCAAGCGUUGUGAUCGUCACAGCGUCCGUUGUGGCGUGCAAAUACUUUAAGAAAAGAAACUCGAUGGAAACGGACAUACAGUAGGCGCUGACCGACCGGUACGAUCAAGUAGAUUGAGAAGAGAGUCAUUAGAAUAAGAAUCA